AUGGAACGAAUGUUCUUACUUGGCUUGGUAUUGACCAUUGUAAUCGCUACAGUUGUUGGACGAGGAUAUCCUCAUCGACCCUCAGGAAAGUCAGUUUGUAGUUUACCUAUGGAUCCCGGUCGGUGCAAAGGCUCCUGUCCCCGGUAUUAUUACGACACUAGAACAGGGAAAUGCCGUAAGUUUAUCUACGGAUGCUGUGGAGGAAAUGCAAACAAUUUUCGAAAUGAAAGAUUCUGCAAUUGGGUUUGCAGGAACAAAUAGCUGUGCCAUUUGGAUAAAUGACGGAAAACAUAUCACGGAUCAGUGUAAUAACAAACUCUAAUCAACUCACAGGAGAAAAUAAAUUUGAAAUUUGUAAUAUGCCAAUUCUAAAAUUAAAAAAAAAAAAAAAAAAAACUCUUCUGCCUUG